AUGGCGCAAUUUUCUUCUGCCGAUCGAGAAUGGUUCGCGACGGCGUCUGUACAAGAGCAAGAGACCGGGCCACAAAUCCCAGCUUCGCGCUUUUCUGCUAGCCAGCAGCAGCAGCAGAAGGGCAAACGCAAGCGACCAGAUGAAUUCGAUGAGGACGCAUGGCGCAAUGAUCCGGACGUCUAUGCUUUCAUCCGCGGCAAGCGUCAACAGCUGAGACCAAUGGCUUCUGAGAAGGAAAACAAGAAUGCGGAUAUCUCACGGGCCAGUAUCAGAGACCGUGUACUAGCCUCACAGGCUCUCCGCGAUCUCAUGGAGAUUCGAGCAUCGCUGGACAUGAAAGCUGAGAUCGCGCGCAAGCAGAAGGAACAUAAGGACAUAGAUGCACUCGGUGCCAUGGUCACGAACUUACGCAAAGUCGAAACCCUUGAUCUUCAGACGUUCUACCGCGUCGUGGCCCCGGGCCUUCCACAUCCGGAGCGGAUAUUCGACUUGGAAUUAAUGACCCAACACCAGCCCAAAGUCGAAUCAUCUGAGUCCGAUAUCAGUGAUUCUGAGCCUAGCGAUGGAGAAGUCCAAGAAAACGCCGAGUUGUCGACUCUCGUGAAGAUAGCUCAGUCCACAGCUCGACGGCUUCCAGCUGUAGAGAUCAAUCCAGUCAUACGCCGUUCUCAGUGUUUCCAUGUUCUCAUGAAUAUGAGGCAGUCAAUUGAUGAUUGGGCUUGGCUUUGCAGUCUUCUGGACACAGCGAACACACGGAAUCUUCGCUCUUCCGCAUUUCGGGAGGAAUGCGCCGCUUGGUCCGAGAAGGUCUACGAGUCUGCCCUUUUAUCUGACGACAAGGGAGUGCGGAUGCUCGGUCUACCGUGGUCGUCCGUGGAUCGCUUUGCAAACUUGCUCAGGGCGUGGCUACUAGCGAAUCCAGAACAGGUCAACAAUGAGUUCAUUCGAGAAAUUGUCGGCUACCUCGGCCUUCUGAACUUCCAUAGGAAUGCGGACACUGCGGCCAACACAAAGCUGAAGGCUAUCUGUGCAGCUCCUCGGAACCAUCCGUCGGAUGUGAAAGACACCUCUCUUUACCAAUUGCUACGAGAAGAGGCUGUCGUGGCGUUUCGAUCUCCGAACGAAUUUGAUUUCUUCGCUUGCCGCAGCGAGAACUAUUGCUCUAACGGAGACAAAGCUUUCAUGCAAGCACAGCGACGCAAAGAAGAGGAUCUCGAAUGGGCCAUGAUACAGAAACUUCCCACUCUUCCCAAGCGGGUGGGCAAGAACAUUUACGAAGCCCCGCUUCCAAAGACAGCGUACGUCCGUCGGUGCGUGGAAGCGUUGCGGAUACUUGUCAGCGCCAUUAGUACCAUUUAUGGUGGGAAUACUUCUCAAAUUCGGCGCGCGAUAGAGUUCAUGAUGUACUGCGGAUCCCUGCUGCGACUCUGCAGGGGCUUCUAUACUCUACUGAAGUUCCAGACACCAGCCGCAGAAUUCCUCGCUAUUGCGGAUUCGGUUCGGCCGCUCAUUGAGAUACUGCGUAUCCUGCAGCAAGCCAAAGCGGUAGAAAAAGCUACAGGCGCCACUGAAACCACUAUUUUAGGUGGUUUCAAACGGUCUGAUCGCAUUAAGAUGAUUGAUUUCGUUCUCGACUUUCUUGUGGAAGCUCAAUUCCCUUCGCUCGAUUGGGUAGAGCGGCGGCUUCAAGCGGCACCGUCUGGUGCUUGGUUCACAGGCAGUUCGUCCACAAUCACGAACGGUGAUGCUGAUGUAUCGUUCGCGGUCGCUGGAGCUAUCAGCCGGGACGGUCUCCUCAUGAUUGACAAGGAUGGCACCGGCCGAGGAUGUCUUAUUGAAGGUGACAGCGAUUCCGAGAGCAUCUGCUCGGAUUACUCAGUGAUCGAAAUCACCAACUAUCGCGAAGAUCCUCAUGCAAAACCUGCGCGGGUCUGCUCAAGCUGGGUAAAGUCGUACGACCCAAAGGAUCCGGAAACUCCACCGCGAUGUACCACCCGCUUCUGCAGGAGCCUACAUCCAGACCUUAGGCUCGACGGACUCUGUAAAGACUGGACACACAAUCAAUGUAAUGACGUGGAUUGCGACCUCGCGCACGACGAUCCAUUGUAUCCGCGCAACAUGCAUGUAGCCUCCACGCACCCUAGAAACUUUGCGUAUCGCUUCAAGCGGCAUAUCCCAUACAAGCCGCACACAAUUGGAGCGAAGAGUCAGUUUGCGAACACUCCAUCUGGCAUUGCAAAGGGACCCAAUCUCAUGCGGCAACGGAAUCAGUAUGGUUUACCUACGCAGAUGCCAGCUGUCGUCGGCUCAAACAUGUUUGUUAACCCGGACAUGGUGCAAUCCGCAACUCCUGAGAUGCUCGCUGCUGCAAUGGGCCAGGCCUACUUCAACUCUUUGUCGAAUUUUUUCCCAACUCCUGGACAAUUUUAUGGUACUCCCAAUUCGAACGGCCUAACGGGAGCUUAUGGAGCGCAACCCUUUCCGACCCCGUUCGGUCAACAGCAGCACAACGUCACUAACCAAGCUGGCCCUGUCUGUUACUAUUGCCGCGGCACCGGUCAUGUCCAAAAGUUCUAUUAUGAGGAUCACGAGAAUCGCGGCCCCAACACCCCGAAGGGUGUUCGAGCGUACAACAACGAAUCUACGAAUUUGUCUACAGCAGAAUCGGCGAUCAGCUCGCCGCUCACUCCCCUCGAAAAUGUUGGCGAGCUCCGUGUCCGCGGAGCUGCUAACAGCACCCGACCAGCUUAUAACCAGUCUCAACGACCGCCAAAUCGGACACCCCGAGACAAUAGAUUGAACCGGAAUCGGCCAGAGCAAAACCGCUACCGUGGUCCCCAACAUCCGCGGUAA